CCCAAAUUUAAUUUACAAAAUGGCGGAACAAAGCACAAAAUUAACUCGAGAUAUUUUCUAAACGAGAUUUCAAGCACACUUCAAGCACAUUACGCGAUUCUACUGCAUUAUUACCAUCUUACAAUUCGAAGAAACACCCACCUCAACCGGCUCAUUGCAUAACAUCAUAUUAUAUUCAACUCCAACAUCUGCGCUCAACCAACAUUCCAAGAUGGCAACACCCGACAUGGACGUCAUCAAAGAGGUGCCGGGCUAUCGCGUUAUACUGAAGGCCGUCCUAAAGUCUCAGAUUCAACAACUGAUUGAACAACUUGCAAGUACCACCAACGAGGAGUCGAUCAUCCUUACAGCCAGCGUGGCUGAUGGAACCCUGAGUCAUCUCGGCUCAGACUCGGCCAAAGGCUUCCUUGAAGAUCACGAAGACGUCAAGUCCCAGUUCCUCGGCUACUGUUUAAAAAGCCACCACAAGAGGAAGCAAGAGCAAGAACAAAGGGAUCGGGAGGAGGAAAUUAGGAAGGCACAAGAGGCUGAAGCCGCUUCCUUAGCAUUGCAGCAACAGCAAGCUCUAUCCAUUCAGUCAAUGGGUAACAUGCCGGGCUCCAUGGGUUACAUGCCUCCCCGGGGACCAAUGCCGCGCUUCCAGGCCACAGCACUAUCACCGCGGCAACAGUUUCGGCCUCCAGGGGGAGGGUUGCGACAUCAGCCGUAUCCAGUGACCCGCCCCAUCCGAGCAGCAGCUUCCCCAGUCAGAUCUCCAAUGAAGUCACCAGCCAAGCUUGAUGGCCAAACGAUCAAGUUAGAGCCGGACGACGAAACCUCCAACCAAAGUGCAACUAGUCAGCCAUCUUCACCAUCAUUACAUCAGAACAUGAAAUCUGAACCGGGAACCGACGAUGCAAACUCUGAAUCAUCCUCAUCACACAAGGAGCAGAAUCAAGAAGGACUUAGCUUAGGAGCAGACUUGUCUAGUUUAGUGUCAGGUGAUAACAGUGAACAUGAUCCAGACGUCAGUGUUAAACUUGAAGCAAUAUCUGAAGCGGAAAUGGACUUGGAAAUAACUGGAGUAGAGCCUGGGAGACCUAUGCAACCCCAGGAUUGGGGCGCUAAUGACUCUGUGGGAGCGAACUUUGACCCAACUGGUGCUACUGGUUCCCAGGCAGACAUGACAGGGCAGCAGGGAUACAUGGACAAUAUCCACCUCCCGGGCUCUGUGAAAACGCUUUCAGUGUGGGUGUGUGAAUUCUGCAACAAGAAGUUCUACGCCCAGUCCUGGCUGGUUCGACACAGACGGACCCACACUGGAGAACGUCCGUUCACGUGCGAGGUCUGCGAGAGAAAGUUCUCCAGGAAACACCACAUGCUGGAUCACAUGAAGAGAGCCCAUGCUGAGAAAAAUGAUGGGGAAUUUUCUGUGUGAUAUGUGUUGUAUCUGGAUAUAUCUGGACUUCAUUGUGUAGUAUCUGGAUACAUCUUGACUUCAUUGUGUAGUAUCUGGAUACAUUUUUUUGUACAUCUGGACUUCAUUGUGUAGUAUCUGGAUACAUCUUGACUUCAUUGUAGAAGAAUCCUGUUUUUUUAUACAAGCCGUUUUUGUUUGCAAUUUUUUUCACUUUGAGUUCUUUAACCCUUUACCACAUAGAUACGUAUUUUGACGCAUUUGUAGGCCCUUAGAAAGAUAAAUUUAAUUUACCCUUUGCAUGCUGGGAAAUUUGUCAUCUGCUAAAAUGUUCUGUGGCGUCUCAUCUGGAUCCAAACUGUUUGAAAAGUCCUUCAAAAUUCAGUUCCCGAACUGAAAGAGUUGAAGGCCUUUGUUACUACAUUUAAGUUUUAAAGGCUUCAUUUCCAACCCUUAGAUACUGAUGAGCAGCAAAGAGCAUAAAAGUUUAACAGUCUUCGAGUCACUUAGCAAUUAGACGUAAAUGUAUUCAAAACAACAUUUAAAGGACAUUUAACAGGUAUUCAGAAACGAAAUACAACUCUGGGUUUCAGUCUUUUGACAACUUACUUGCUCUAUUUUACCCAUUUUUUUUACACAACUUGGAAUUCAAUUUUGUGUUGAAGUGAUACUGCAACCAGUGGUUAUUGUUGACUGCGAUUCGUAUAGCUUCAUUCACAAUUCCAUUCUAUGGCAAAUAUGUAUAUACAUGUAGCAAUUAAGUCAUUCCAUUAAAAAACAAAUAGAGAACUUUCUUUGAUAUUCUUGUUACACUCUACAUUGAUUAAUAAGUUAGUUAAUGAACAACAAAAGUUAAACAUCCUGGUUAUAUGAAUGGCAUAUUUCGGACGGUAGGGUUUUCUGUUUAAUAUCUUAAAUUUGCAAUCACCAAACCUGAUAACACAUUAUAUGUAGCAAGUCAUUGGCCUAUUGGUAAAUCUGGCAGUUGGGCCAUAAGAGGUUAAACCUAGAUGAUGCUUUCCCAUAACAUGAAAACCGCUUUCUCCAAAGCUUUGGUACUUGUAUGGAUGCUAUAUUUGAACACUCUUAACCCUUUCAGUGCGGGAACCGAAUUUUGAAGGCCUUUGCAAUCAGUUUGGAUCCAGAUCAGACGCCACAAAACGUGGCGUCUCAUCAGGAUCCAAACUGUUUGCUAUUCUGAAAGUAUUCUUUGAAAAAAAAUCGAAGAAAAUGCUAAUUUUAGGAAUUCAGCAGACGACAUUUUAGCAGAAGACAAAUUUUCCAGCAUGCAUCACUGGACCUUUUUUUACCCUGACAUUGACCUACUUUAGGUUUUAGACUUGUUCAGAAAGUCCAAAUUCAAGGUGAUUCCAAACUUAUGCUUUUUGUUGAGCACAAACCCCGAGUGCUACAAAGCUUUCAUUCUUGCAUAUACAUGUACAUGUAUGUGACUUACCUACAUCACUUGACCUCAUUGUGACCUUAAAAUGGCCAUACAUAUACAUUUGCAGCAAUUUUUUUGCCCAAUUAGCAAAAGUAUCGGUACCAGUCCAAUUGUGAAAAUUGUGAGCGAAAAACCCUGACAUUGGGAAAAUUUGCGUUGUGAAGUCGCCAUAUUGGGAAAUCCUUGUAUCCUUUUUUUGCUUCCACAUACUUUAAAAUUGAUAGCUAAAUUUUGACAAGAUGUCAAUAUUAUAUUUACCUAGGUUCAAGCCAUAGACUGAAUAGGGAAACUAACUAAAUGUUGCAUUAAAAAAAAAUAUUAAGAAACCAUCAAUUUGGACUUUUUUUGACAGCAAUUGGGAAAUUGGAAAAUUUGUAAUUUUUUUUCUAAUUGGAUAAGUGCCGUUAUCUAGUACUUUAUAAAGAAGGGAAAAAACAGAAGAUUUGUAAACCAAAAUUGUCUGUUUAUGUUUAAUUGAAAUCAACACACUUACUAAAGAGCUUCAAUAUUUCCAUCCAACACUUUAUGCACUCACGUCACCUGAUCUCCUUAUAACCUCCUCAAUGACCUAAUUUGGAUCAAUGACUAAUUGGUAUGGUUCGAUGAAUUGAUACUGACCCAUCUUCCUUGAGGGAUAGUUUAUUGAACCAUCCUCUUGUUUUGUACAUCAUUUGUAAUUCCAUACUAGAAAAUAGAUGUUUAUAUAAGCUACCAAAUUGUAUACAAUGCCUUUCUAAUAUGCUGUGUUGAUUAAGACUCUUUGGAUUUUUUUUAAAUUGUGCUUUCAAUAAUUUAAUCAAACAUACUUGAUAUGAAAUAUGCUGUGAUAAUUCUGGUUGGUUGCUGUCACGUUCUAUGUGAUAAUCUCAAUUGUAUUCAUGAAUACAUUUAGUUGUGAAUGUUUGUUUCCUUACAAGCCAAUAGUUGUUUAUGUUAUGAAUAGUUUAAACCAUUUAUGCCUAGCGUCUAGAAAAAUGCCUUGGCAAACAGCCUAGACCCAGAUGAGACGCCGCAUGAUGCGGUGUCUCACAUGGGUCUGCGCUGUUAGCUUAAAGUAAUUUCUGUAAGAAAUAUUCUAAACAUAGAAAUAAAUAUACUAGACAUCCCUAAUUUGGAAAUAAAUUGAUCAAAUUUAGAAGGAUGGGAGAGUCCACUAGGCAUAAAUGGGUUAACAUUAUGCAAGGAUAUGUUAAAGCGGAAAGCUGACCCGGGUACUCACGCACCCUUUAUUAUACUCCCCAAGGUAGGGUGUUUAUUAGAGAAGCUCUGUGGGUCAGUCGUUUUGUCGGUCGGUCAGUUUAUUGUUGGAGUCAUGUAGUUUCACAUUUCUCAACUGAUUAAAUUCAAACAUUAAUAACCUUUAACCACUUAGAUACGUAUUUUCACACAUUUGAAGGCCCUUAGAAUAUUUAAUUUAAUUGAAUACCUUUCUUACUAGAGUCAAGUUUUUACGGCUUCAUUUCCAACCCCUUGAUAAACAAGAUGCCGGUGAGCAGCAAACAGCAUAAAACCUGAACAGACUGUGAGUUACUCGCAGGCUGUUCUGGUCUUAUGCUGUUUGCACAUAGCCAUUUGCACUUUGCUUCUAAGUGGGAAAGGGUUGAUAGCAUCACCCUGUUGUUUGAAUGUGCAAACGCCUCCUUUUUCACGUGUUAUCAACACAUUCCUCAGUUAUUUGCUAUUGAUCAUAGCUGACGUUUGUGAUAAACAAUUUGUUUGAAUUGUAUAAAUGUUUGUGUUUAUUGGCAAUAGACUAUGAAAAAAAAAAAAAAAAAAAUCUUUUAAA